CUCCGCCCUCCCUGCGCACUCCGCGGCCCGCCCAGCGCCCGCUAACUCCCGCUCCAGCCCUGCCCGAGUCUGGGGGAAUCCGACGGCCUGCCUGCCUGCCUGGGGAAAAUCUGGAGGCCGCCCCGCGCGUCGAUCUACGUUGUGCCGUGGCCAAUGAAGAAUAAAGACGAUGGAUGAGGAGGUGACAAGGCUUGCUCUCCGUUCCCAAGAGCCAAAGAUUAUACUGCAUGGCUCAGAUUCCAGAUUUUCAAAUAGUUGUAUCUCAACCAAAUACUGUCCGAUCCUAACAAACCAUACAUCAAUGGAAAGUGUAUUUAUUCAGCUUUCAGACGAGGGAGGUGCGGGGGAGGAGGAGGAGGAGUAUGUGGUGGAGCUGCAGGAAACGGUGCUGGUGUCAGAGGUGGAGGGUGAGGCCACGUCUGUCCAGGGCUUCUCCUCCGACGAGCUCGUCAUCCAGGAUGCUGUGGAGGACGUGGUCGCCGAGUACGUGCACUGCGACGACGACGAGGGCGUUGCCGUGGAGACCUGUGUGAUGUCACUGGAGGGCGAGGAGGAAGAGGAGGACGGCGUUGCCAUGGCAGAGAUGACGGAGGAUGUUCUGGUGACGGAGGGGAGGGACCCUGAGCACGACUCGGACGGCUGCGGAGAUUACCUCAUGAUCUCCUUGGAUGACGCAGGUAAGAUGGUGUCUGGAGACGGAGAGGAGGUGACGGUCGAGGGAGCGAUAGAUGACCAGGAGGUGGAGAAGGAUGAGGACGGACAGGAAGUCAUUAAAGUUUACAUCUUUAAAGCAGACUCUGGAGAAGACGACCUUGGAGAGACGGUGGAUCUCGGUGAGAACGAGGCGGUCGCUCUGGCUGAGCCUGUGGUCCGGCCGCUGAGAGAGAAGAUGGUCUACAUGUCUGUGGGAGAUGCUCAUCACACACAGACUGAUGGAGGAUCUAAGCUCUCGGACGAGGUGUACAUGGAGGUGGUGGUUGGAGGAGAGGAGCCGGUUCCUCACGACCGGCCGUAUGACAGCACUGCCCUCAGCAAGGACUUCAUGCCCGUCGCGUGGGCCGCUGCAUACGGUGCGGAUGAGGGCUGUGAGAACCGGAACGGAGCAGCGAGCGCAUUACUGCACAUUGAUGAGUCGGAUGCACUGGACAAACUCAACCGGCAACACGGCAAGAACAAGAGACGAGCUGAACCCCGACAGGUCCAAACAGCGAUCAUCAUCGGUCCGUAUGGACAGCCUCUGACCGUCUACCCCUGCAUGCUGUGCGGUAAGAAAUUCAAAUCCCGCGGCUUCCUCAAGCGCCACACUCGCAACCACCACCAGGACGUGUUGAGUCGCAAAAAGUACCAGUGCACGGACUGCGACUUCACCACCAACAAAAAAGUCAGUCUGCACAACCACAUGGAGGUGCAUGCGCUCAGCAACAAAGCACCGUUUGAAUGCGAGACCUGCGGUAAAGAGUUCCACCAGCAGGCGGCGCUGUUCUCGCACCGUCUCCAGCACCACCACCAGGAGCAGAAAUCGCCCACGGCCAUCGCGUCGCCGCUUCCUCCCGCCGCCGCGACCAAGACACACAAAUGCAAGUUUUGCGAUUACGAGACUGCCGAGCAAGGGCUGCUCAAUCGCCACCUGCUGGCCGUGCACAGUAAGAGCUUCCCGCACAUAUGCGUGGAAUGCGGCAAGGGUUUCCGCCAUCCGUCGGAGCUAAAGAAACAUAUGCGCACACACACCGGCGAGAAGCCGUACUCAUGCAUUUACUGCGAUUACAAAUCGGCCGACUCGUCCAAUCUGAAGACGCACGUGAAGACGAAGCACAGUCGUGAACUGCCGUUUCGCUGCGAGCGCUGCGGCCAGACCUUCAGUGAGGAAGACGAGCUGACGCAGCAUGCGGCUACGCACGAGGACGCUCGGGGACACCAGUGCAGCCACUGCGACCAUCGCAGCUCCAACUCCAGCGACCUUAAGCGGCACGUCAUUUCCGUGCACACGAAAGACUACCCGCAUAAAUGUGCCGUCUGCGGGAAAGGCUUCCACAGGCCGUCCGAGCUUAAGAAACACUCGGCGUCGCAUAAAGCCAAGAAACUGCACCAGUGCCGCCACUGCAACUUCAAGAUCGCAGACCCGUUCAUUCUCAGCCGCCAUAUCUUGUCCGUUCACACUAAGGAACAGCAGCAGCAGCCGGCGCAGUCGCCGACUCCGCCUUCGCAGGCGUCACCGCCGCAAGCCCCGCCCACAGAAAAGCCCACCCCCAAGAGGACUAUAGGUGCAGCGCAGUUAGCAGCGCCCGCUUUAAAGAAAGCCGGCGGCGCGAAGGGUCCGCGAGAACGGAGGGUGUAUCAGUGUCAGUAUUGCGACUACAGCACAGGGGAUGCGUCCGGGUUCAAAAGACACGUUAUUUCCAUCCAUACUAAGGACUAUCCGCAUCGCUGUCAGUACUGUUCGAAGGGCUUCCGGAGACCUUCGGAGAAAAACCAGCACAUUAUGAGGCACCAUAAAGACAUGGUGCCAGCAGAAUGAGCUCCUCCUCUUUCUCCGCUCACUUCCGUAAACACACUAAAACAGCCAGUGGUUGGAAAUCACCAUCCCUCAUGUUGGCAACCUCUGUAUUGGGCUUCUUACCAAGACCCCUCAUGCAUAGCAGUGUGUGUGUUGUGUUUGUAUGCGAGAGAAAAGUGUUUAGUGACAUAGGCUGGAAGUGCUUUCAAGUUGUUUAUGAUCACAUGGUCUCCAGUCUUAAAGGAACAGUUCAGCCAAAAACAACAAUUCUGUCGUCAUUUAUUCACCCUUGUAUGCAUUUCCAAACAGAUUUGGUUCCCAUUGACUUCUAUUCCAUUGUAACACAAAAGAAGGUAUUUUAUAGAAUGCUAGAAUUCCAUUGUACUGACAAAAAAUACAGUACAAUGGGAAUCUCAACAUUUUCUUUUUCUUUUUAUGGCUUGAACACACACAAAAAAAAAAAAAAUAUAUAUAUAUAUAUAUAUAUUUUGAAGAAUGUUGGGAACUAAACAGUUUUGGUUCCCAUUGACUUCUAUUCAACUGGAACACAAAUGAAGAUAUUUUGAACAGUGUUGGUAACCGAACAGUUUCAGUUCCCAUUAACUUCCAAUGGAAAUAACUAAACUGUUUUGGUUCCCAUUGACAUCCAUUGUAACACAAAAAAAGAUAUUUUGAAGAAUGUGGGUAGCCAUCGACUUCCAUUCUAUCUUUUGUUUAUACAGUGGAAGUCAAUAGGACCGGAAACUGUUUAGUUACUGGCGUUCUUCAAAAUAUCUUCUUGUGUGUUCCACAAUAGAAAGAAAGUCAUACACAUUUGGAACAUCAUAAAUGAUGACAGAAAAUAGUUUUUUGGGUGAAAUAUCCCUUUAAAGGAACAGUUCACUCUAAAAUUUAAAAUGUGAAAAUAAUUUACUCGCCCUCGUGUUGUUUAAAAUGAGCUUGACUGACUUUUUGCCAAGGAACGUAAAAAAAAAAAUUAACUAAUUUUCUUUAUAUUAUAAUAUUAUCGUUAUUAUAAUGUAUUAUAUAAAUAUUAAAAUAAUGCUUGUGGAUUAUAUUCCAGGUCUUCUGAAGUCGUAUGAUAUAUUUGUGUGAGAACAGACCCAAAUUUAUGUUGUUGUUCAUUGAAAAUCUUCCCUACACUUUAUUAUUAAUUAUAUUAAUAAAAGCAUACGACUAGAGGGUGAGUAAAUAAUGACAUUUUUUAUUUUGGCCGGACUAAUCCUUUAACUGUAGAUGUUUUAUGUUUUUCAAUGCAUUUCAGUUUGGUUUUGUCUUCUUAAUAGAUGAAACUAACAUGUGCAUCCGGCCUCUGGGAUCAGGCACAUAUUCCUGAAGCGUUUCAGAGUAUUGCAUUCAGUCUGUCAUUGAGUAGAUAACAUAACCUCUCUGAAAUGCUUUAUGAAUAUAGGACAAUGUGAUAUCAGUCUUGCACUUUACUAGCAUGUCUGUCUGAUAGAUAGCUGUUUGAAAACAUGGACAUCAGGAAAUGAUUUUAAUGUUCAGAAACACGUUGGAAAGGUAUCAGGCACCGAGGACAUUGCCUUAUUUUGCAACGUGUGUGUGAUCAGGACAAGGUUAUAGGGGAUAUCUGGUCUCUCGAACCUUUAAUGAUUGCAAAAAGUGCAUAUGAUCUGAUCUAAUGACGAUGAUGAGGGAAAAACAGAUGCAGCAUCAUCUGUAAUGACCAAUAUGUUUAAAAGGAAUGGUUCACCAUGUAUGAAACCAUGUCUCUCUUUUUUUUUUUUAAGAUUUAUUCAGAACUAAAUUUCGUUUUGAUUUUUUUAACUUCCUGGAUCGAGUCCGUGCAGCUUAUGAACAAAGUUGUUUUAUAAAGCAUCUGUGGCAUUUUGGGUCUGUGAGACCAGAUAACCCCUUUAGUCUGUGUAAUUAUAAGAAAGAUUGAAUUCUGCGCUAAUAGGACCCAUUUUUAAUCAUGCAAAGGUAAAUGUUUUCUCAUGUUGUAAGUUGACUUAAAUGCAUUUCAGUUGGAUGUAUGGGACCACAGAGAUGUGAAGUAAAUGGGUAAAUCUCAUGUAAAGAGCCUGUCUGGGUCAAAUCUAACCCCGAAAUCAAAGGAAAAACAUUUAAAUUCUAAUUUAAAUACAAAUCAUAGUAUUGCAGUAAAUAUGGUUUUAUGAAUAGGAAUUAUUGGAACUAAAAAUAGCCUACAUUGAAAAAAAAAAAAAAAAUGGUCUAGAAACAAUUCUCACUUGUUAAAUUUCACAAUUAAUUCCAAAGAAACAACGAGUCACACAAUGAAUUAAAUGGAAAUUUUUAAGUAUAAAGAUUUAAAUAGUAUUUUCUUGCAAAACGUACUCCAAUAAUCAAUGUUUUAUUUACAUCGUUUGAAAAAAAAAAAAAAAAUCCAGUGUAUUUCUGCCUUUUGAUACUUAAUUCAAUGUGUUAUUUUCUCAUUUUUUGUAAAUACAUGUGGAAUUCACUAGUGAAAAUUAUUCCUACACCAUUUUUCCUUUCAGUGUAUUCAUAGUAUAAAAUCAACUAAAAAAAUAUUUAUUGCAACACAAUUUGCAUUUAAAAUUUCACUGCUGUUGUAUAAAAUAAAUGUCAAAUACAUAAGUCAGUGCCACUCAAUGUUCUAAAUAGGUUCAAAAUAUAAUUUCUUUUAAUUUCUUUAGUUUUUGGGGUGAAAUUUGACCUGAGCACGUGUCUUUUCUUUGAGACUCAGCCAUAUGAAUUCUAAACAUACACUAUAUUAGAUUCAGUAUGCCAAUUAUGUGUACCAAAAUCAUUUUUGAUAACCUUAUUGAUAAGUCGUCAGGCCAAUUUUAUCUCUCGUCAGUAUCCACGACAUGCAGUAUGAGUUUAGUUUAAAAAGGACAACUACGAGGAGAUUACCAAUGAUCUGUAUGUGUGUGUAUGUAUGAUUAUGGUUGAUGAUGAUUUUUCUGGUUUAUACUCAAAGCAAUGCAUCAGAUAUGUUUGCCGUUGCCAAUAACCUUUUCACCAGGUGACUCUCUCGUCUUGGCGACUUCAUAGUGACGGUACUGUUCACAUACGGUCAAUGCAAAUACACACUAAUACCCACUAAUUGUCUUAACAGUCACUGAAAGCGUGUACUAGGCUGGCAUCCUUUACUCGUUACCAAAACGUGACAAAAAGCUGGAAUCCACAAGGCGAGUCAUGUUGGAAAUGCGCUGUUUUGUGUUUGUGCAUAACGUAAAUCGAAUCAAAUUACGCUUAUUCGGGUCACAAUUCCACUAACCUGUGAUGGAUGAUGUCAUAUCCAGCUUUGCAUGUGAUUGGCCAGAGGUUUCCAGAGGAACUUGACCUCGAAGCACUGAAACAGCCUCUCUUUGUGUCCGAACAGAACCAUUAGCAAUGAUUAGCAAAAACAAUGCCAUCGGUCGGGAAGGGAAGCACUUCCUCCCGGCGCUCCCGGGCCUUCCUCUCUCUCUCUCUCUCUCUCUCUCCUCUCUCUCCCUGUGAUCAUUUUUAUACUGCAGAUAUUUAUUUGGUCACCGUUUAAACUUUGUUGUAUAGUUAAAUGUAAGUAGGAAUCUAUGGGACUAUAACUUAUUGUUUUGUACACAGAUCUGUAAAGAGAGAGUGUAGAUGUAAACACUUCGGAAAGAGGACUUCAGAACUUUGUGUUGUCAUGGAUGUAUCUUCACAUUUGUUUAAAAAAAUGAUAAAAAAGGAAAUAAAAGGCAAAGUAUU